GGUUUGCUACGUACUGACCUGCACAGGCGCACGGCGGCCGCCGGGUCGUGGAGGAGACUGCGCGUCUUAAUCCUUAUUUCCGGUCACUUUGAACGCGCUUCACUGGAGUGUCUCGAUGCUGGAGCGGUCGCUGCCUCCCAGGAGAAUGGACGGCUUUCACAGAGUCGCUUUUCGCAGAAAACAGCGCAGUAUGGAGUUUGAGGGAGCAGAAAACAAGGACAAAGCGGAUUGUUUCCAGUCCAAGAAUGCUGAAGAGGAGGCCUGUGUGGCGGUGAAAAUCGAACACUCCAGAGCUCUAGGCAGUAAUCCACCGUUCGAGCACAGCAACACACCCAGCGUGCAGGCGUGUCUGAGUCGGGCGGCCAGUGGGACGUCUAACAAGAGCAGGGGAGGGGUCAAUGGAAGAGGCCCCGACAACAGGCCUCCGUCCCUGUCUAAACCACAAGUCCCUCCAAAGCCACUACACCUCCAGAGCCCAGUGACGGGCCUCUCGUCCCCACUGGGCAGCAUCCAGAAACCACCACUUAGACUGGGCAUGGAGGAGGGAGGAGGAGGCGGAGGGGGAGGAGGGGGAAGAGAAGCUGUGAACCGGGAGAAAGCCAGGGUGACACACUCCAAAGUCUCAGACCUCAUCAGUCGCUUUGAGGAGAACAGCAGCACAGAGACCAAGAGAGACGGCUCACCGCUGAAACAGAUCAGCAAGUCGUCCAACUGUAGCCCAGCUCACCGCGCCCACCAGAAGCAGACAGAGACCAGCGGGAUUCAGGAGAACCACUCCUCUGCACCGGCCGUGCCGCAGGAUGCCCACGAGCCGGCGUCUAACGGGGUGAUAGCGCAGAUGGAGCAGGACAAGAAGAAGGAGGACAAACAGGAGAGGAACAAUGAAAGGGCGAGGAUAGAGCCUGCCAGGCUGUUAAAUGGAGAUAUGGGGGACGGCGGUGCGGAGCAGAGUGAUGAUCAUUCACUUCCACACACAGGCAGGACUGGUACUGACAGCCACACUGAGAACGAGGACAGUGAGCACAGGAACGAAGAAGGGAGCUCAGACCAUAAGGAGACAAAUGAACAGAAGCUGUUUAAGAUUGCCAGCGAGCUCUUGCACACAGAGAAGGCCUAUGUGGCGCGACUCAACCUGCUGGACCAGGUGUUCUGUGCCAAACUAAUGGAGGAGGCAAAUAAAGGGACUUUCCCUGUGGAGGUGGUGAAGAACAUCUUCUCCAACAUCUCCUCCAUCCACCUCUUUCACAGCCAGUUUCUGCUCCCAGACCUGGAGAAGCGCAUGGGAGAAUGGGAAUCCACACCUCGCAUCGGAGACAUUCUGCAGAAACUCACACCCUUCCUCAAGAUGUACGCAGAGUACGUGAAGAACUUCGACAAAGCCAUGGAGCUGCUGAAACAGUGGACUGAUCGUUCGCCUCAAUUCAAGGCCAUCAUUCAGGAGAUACAGAGUCAAGAGGUCUGUGGCUUCCUGACACUGCAGCAUCACAUGUUAGAGCCUGUGCAGAGAGUCCCUCGCUACGAGAUGCUGCUUAAAGACUAUCUGAAGAAGCUGCCUCCAGACGACUCUGACAGACGAGAUGCAGAAAAAUCCUUAGAAAUUAUCGCCACAGCAGCUACUCAUUCCAACAGUGCCAUACGAAAAUCUGAGAAUCUGAAGAAGCUGAUGGAGAUAUACGAGAUGCUUGGUGAGGAGGAGGACAUUGUUAACCCCUCUAACGAGUUCAUCAAAGAGGGCCACAUCCUGAAGCUGGCCGCCAGGAACACCUCUGCCAUGGAGCGGUACCUCUUCCUGUUCAACAACAUGUUGCUGUACUGCGUGCCCAAAUUCAGCCUUGGGGGGGCGAAGUACACAGUGAGGACGCGGAUCGGCAUCGACGGCAUGAAGGUCCUGGAGACGACCAACGAGGACUACCCUCACACCUUUCAGGUGUCAGGCAAGGAGAGGACACUGGAGCUACAGGCCAGCUCAGAGCAGGACAAGGCAGACUGGAUUAAGGCUUUCCAGGCUACCAUUGAGAUCUUCCAGCAAAAAAACGAGUCGUUCAAGAACGCGCUGAAAGACGCGGAGGAAGUGUCGAAUGCAGAGCUGGGGAAGCGUGCUCCUCGCUGGAUCCGUGACAACGAAGUGACAAUGUGUAUGAAAUGCAAAGAGCCUUUCAACGCUCUGACACGGAGGAGACACCACUGCAGAGCCUGCGGCUACGUGGUGUGCUGGAAGUGCUCAGACAAUAAGGUGCCGCUUGAAUAUGACGGCAACAAGACGAACAAAGUCUGCAGAGACUGCUUCUCCAUCCUGACCGGAGAAAGGGUUGCCGAGGGCAAAAAGAAGGGCAUCCUGGAGAUCGAGGCGGCUCAGUUCACAGGCAGCAGCAUCAUGUGUGGCUUCCUGCAGUACUGUGAGAAGAACAAACCUUGGCAGAAGGUGUGGUGCGUUAUCCCCGAGAAGGAGUGUCUGGUGCUCUAUCUCUAUGGAGCUCCGCAGGACGUGAAGGCCCAGUGUACGAUCCCCCUCCUGGGCUACUCUGUGGAUGACAGUGCCAGGCCCACGGACCCUCCGGCCAGCUUCCGCCUCUCUCAGUCCAAGUCCAUCCACAACUUUGCUGCCGAAAGCGAGGAGCUCAAGCAGCGCUGGCUGAAGGUGAUUCGCGUGGCAGUGACGGGAGAGGUGCCAGAGUGCCCUCAGACCAACGACAGCAGUGCCAACAUGAUGGACAACAACAACACACAAGAAGCAGGUACUGAUGGCACAUAAGGGUGCAAGCAAACUGCUGCUGGACUGCUCAAGAAAGACAAUAUGUGCCGACAUGUGCUGCACGCACAGAAUACAAAUGCACACUCUCCAUGCUGUCCUUAAAUCUGAGUCUUAAAGACAAGGUGGUAAAAUCAGUGCUGGAUAAGAUGUCUUUCCUUGCCACGCUCCCGUUUCUUCAUGGAUUUCCUCCUAAAUUCACACAGAAACCUUUGAUUCACUGCUAGAGCUGUGCUGGAUUACUAAAGGACAUGUCUGGUACAAUCAACACUAGAGCAAAGAGGCCUCAGGAUUGAUCAACUUCUAAAGGACAGCUCAGACUCUGUCUUCAUAGACUCUUAAUCUGCGUCAACUCCUCUUGAGCCAGUGGACUACCACAGAUUUAUGCCCCGUACAGGAUGUGAAACAAAGCAAACUGGUCCAAACUGGUGCUGUAACUCAACUCUCUGAACCUGUACAGUAUAUAUGUUUUGUUUUAUUUCUUUUCAGUAAGCAACAAUAGUGUUUUCAUGUACAGAAAUCAGUCCGAAACUUUGUUUUGCUAACAUAGAAAACAUUUAAGAUAAAGUAUUUACAGAAUUCCAAAAUUCUUUGGUUGAGAAUAUGGUUCCGAAACAGGGAAAAUCAUGUGGAAGGAUAAUGAUGGUCCCACCUCCCUCUCUCAUCCCUCAGUGAACAUUCAUCAACAGUCUAAUCAAACUCUGGAUGCACGUUGGCACAUUUAUCAGCUUUGCGAUUGAUUGCACCUGUCCUGUGUUUUCUAUGAAGCAAAGGAACGAAUUUGCAAAUCAGACCAGUGUUAAACUUGAAAUAUGACAACCAUAGGAGAAACUGACAGCUUCAUGUGGUGCUAUGUCAGUGGGCGAUAUGGAUAAAAUCUUCUGUCAUUAGGUCAUAUAUAUAUAUAUAUAUAUAUAUAUAUAUAUAUAUAUAUAUAUAUAUAUAUAUAUAUAUAUCCCAAAUUAUAUCCCAAACCAUUUCUAGAUAAAAUAACCAGAUGUGAAUGUCUGCUUGUGGCUGGUCACCUGACAAAUGAAGGUGCUACAUCACAUUGAUGUAAACAUCCUGUAAAUCCAUUAAUACAAUCAGUCAGUCCUGCUCAUCGACUUUCAACAUUACCCACAAGGCAACCAAAGCUGUACAAUAGGCGCUCCAGCAGUUCAGUUCUCAGUUUAACUCUCGUGUGAGUUUGGAGAAUUGCAGUUUUUUAAAAGCGGUCUAAAUUGAAGCAGCAAAGGCUGAGAUGUAAGCCUAGCUUCAAAUACGCUGGUUCCUACAACUCACAUCAUGCAGCUCAACAGCGACUUACAUUCCCAGCCUGUUAAAUCCCCGGGGCUGCUUUCCAAAAUACAGACUUUUUGUUUUUAGAACGCACUGUUGCAUGCAGUAUCCAAGCAGGUGGGACUCUGCUCUCAGCAGCUCAUCCUCUGCUGCUCAGAAGACUGUUGGUCAAAACAGUUAGAAAAGCACACUGGCUUGCAUGCUGCAAAAUGUGACCAGAUGCAGUAGGAUUUCGUAAAUAGUAUGGUAGUAUGGGUAUUGGAACGCAGAGCAGGUCAUAUAUCUAAAGUCUCUCUUUUCCCACAAUUUGAACACUCCCUGCAGAGCCUCAGAGGACAUCACACAGCUUGAGUCAUACUCUCCAUGACAAGUAAACUAAUUGUGUGUAAAAUCAGUGGAAUGGCACAACUGAACAUGGCCUGAAUUCUGAUGAAUCUCAAAUCAGUGAUCUGGUAUUGUCAUACAUUGUCCAACCCUGUGGCCCUGACAGUGCUGUUUGUAUUUAAAACUGAGGAUGGAUGGUAAAUGCACAUCCAACUCCAGGAAAGUCAUGGACCUUAUUUCAUGUGGAGAGAGAUGAGCGGGGAUCAUUGUUGUGUCUUUGUUUGGCAGGGUUUUCUAUUCAGAUGCAACUGCAGCACAAUCACAGACGUAGCAAAGCUGGUGCAAGAAAUGUAAAUGUGUUUUUAAUGCUGUAAUUAAUUUUAUUAUUUAAAGUAAUUUAUAGAGUAUGAGGCGCAUGAUCUGUUAAAAGUAGCACAAAGUCGUUCCAGGGUCACUGUCAACUAAGAAGUGCAGUAGAUAAAUGUUUUUUUUUUUUUCUGAGCACAGAUUUUUUUUCCACUAACUCAAACACGUCACCUCAGUUCUUCAGCGUGGCGUGGACCAGUCGUGGCGCUGGACGGGCCGUGUUCAGUCACAUGGUCUCCCCACGAUCUGAACGCUGGUGCUCAGUCGCUCCCUCUGAACUCUUUCCCCUCCUCAGUAUUCUAAAUAAAAAACAAGAGAACCACUCUUUCCUGUCUGUAAAAUCUGAAUGUAUCUCCAGAUGUUUUUUGUGUCCUCUCAUUCUCCUCCCCAAAGUUUGAGAAUCUACGCACUUUACAGUCUUAUAAAGUGUACCUUCAAAGAAAAUAAAACCAGAUUAAAUAUG